UAUUUUGAAUUUUUCCAGUCUGAAACUGCUUCACAUGAGAUGCUUGCACCUUCUAACAAGUAUGAUCAAGAAGCAACUAAACCUAUUGAGAAGAUACAAAGACGGCUUGCGCAAAACCGUGAGGCUGCUCGUAAAAGCCGAUUGCGGAAAAAGGCUUAUGUUCAACAGUUAGAAAAUAGUCGUUUCAAGCUGAUUCAGUUGGAGCAAGAGCUUGCACAAUUGAAGCAACAGGGUGUUUAUAUGGGUGGUGGGUUGGUAGAUGGUAAUCUUGGAUUUUCUGCACCAGCAAACUCAGGGAUUGCUGCAUUUGAGACAGAAUACGGACAAUGGAUGGAGGAACAAAGUAAACAAAUAUGUGCUCUGAGGACUGCUUUGAAUGCCCAAAUAAGUGAUGCAGAUCUUGGAAUGCUUGUGGAAACCGGCAUGAAUCAUUAUUCCAAACUUUUUCGCAUGAAAUCAACUGCUGCAAAGGCAGAUGUUUUCUAUGUCAUGUCUGGCAUGUGGAAAACAUCAGCUGAGCAAUUUUUCUCUUGGAUUGGUGGGUUUCGCCCGUCAGAGCUUCUUCAGGUGCUGUUGCCUCAGCUUGAUUCCUUGACGGAACAACAAUUCUUUGAUGUUUGUAACUUGAAACAAUCAUGUCAGCAAGCCGAAGAUGCACUUUCACAAGGCAUGGAGAAACUACAAGAACUCGUGUCGGUGACCGUGGUGGAUCGUCAACUGGGGGAAGGUAGUUAUAGUUCUCAGGUGAAUACCGCAAUGGAGAAGGUAGAAGCUCUAGUCAGCUUUGUGGACCAGGCAGACCACAUUCGGCAGGAAACACUGCAGCAGAUGUCUCGAAUCCUAACGACUCCCCAGACAGCUCGAGGCUUACUUGCUUUGGGCGAAUACUUUGAACGUCUUCGAGCUUUGAGUACACUAUCGUCUUCUUGUCCUCGUGAACCUGCAUGUCCUUAAACAGUUGAAGAUCCUCCAUACACGAUCACUGCAACACCUGUGUUCAUACAAAGGUAAAUGUCAUCGUGAACAUAAUUGCCUACAUUUUUUUUUUAACUUUUUGAAGCAGAACAGAGAGAUCUGAGAUGGUGUACAUAUGAGUAGUUAAUUUUACAUUGGGGAAGGUGUUUAUUUAAUCAAUUUUCACUAA